AUGGAUAUUUAUGAUGCUUGUGAACAAGGAGAUGUUGAGGUAUUAAAAUCUCAUAUUUCUUCUGGUAAAAAUAUGAACACUUAUAAAUUAGUUUUAUAUCAUCCUGAUAAAUCAUCAUUAUCUACAAUUACAUCGUCAAAUUCGACAAAAAAAGGCAUACAUGUUGAACUAGAAGAUGAUGAUAUGAUGGAUGAGUAUGGUGAUUCAAGUCAAGAAUAUUUUGAUUAUCGUUCUCCAUUGUAUUUUGCUAUUGUAAAUAAUCAAUUACAAUGUGUUCGAUUAUUGGUAGAAAAUAAAGUAGAUCUUUAUCGUUUAAGACCAUGGGGUUUAAAUGCUUUAUGUUUAGCUGUCUAUUGUCGUCAUUUACGUAUCAUUCAAUAUUUACUUAUGAAUAAUCUCGUUGAUCGAAAUAUCAGUGAUAAACCAAAUGCUACUGAUUCUUAUUUUAAUUCAUUAAAACCAACACAUGAGCAUAAGCAAACAUUUUUAGGAUGUCAUCGAAAUGUAGCACAAGACAUAGGACAAUUUCAUUAUCCAUUACACAUUGCUGUUACACAAAAUUCAAUUGAAAUUAUUAAAUUAUUAAUUGAAUGUGGAGAUAAAUGUGAUAUCAACAUCAGUGAACCGUAUACAAAACGUUCUGCUUUACAUAUUGCGGCUACCACAUGUUCUCGUGAUUGUAUUCAUGUUUUACUCGCAAAUGGUUGUAAUCCAAAUUGUAGAGAUGUUAAUUCACGUACUGUUCUGGAUUUGGCAUGGAAUAAAUUAAAUAAUAUUGAAUAUGAAUAUGAUUAUCGUGAAGAUAUACUCAAAGAUUUAUUAAGUGCAAAAGCACAAUUUUCAUCAAUUAAAUCAUUAACAGAUUUUUAUGCCAAUUCAUUACCGGCAUUUCGACGAUUUGAAGGAAAUUUAUGGAUUGUAUUUUCCUAUAAUUUACAAUUAAUAUUUAUUGAUCAUAAACAAGGUGAAAUAGAAGCAAAACAAAUUUUAUUAGCAAUUUGGAGAUGGUUUAAUGAUAAUUAUCAAGAUACAGUUAUGCAAGAAGAUGAAUUUGAUCGACAUUAUACUGGCAGUAUAUUACGUAAUAUAAUUCAUGUGAUGUAUGUUAAUGGUCAAAUAUCAUUAAAUUCAAAAGAAUUAAUUGAACUAUUUCAAGAAGAUUUAGGUAGUCAUUUUGAUGAGGCCACUGAUGAAAUUGAUAUUAUUCAAAGUAUUCUCUCCACACCAUUGAAACUCAAACAAAUGUGUCGAAAUUAUAUUCGUAAACAAUUAUGUUAUAAUGGACUCAAUUGGAUAAAUAUUCAACGUUUACCAAAAUUAAAUGAUGAACUUAAACAGUACAUUCAACCUUGA